AUGCGCGUCCUCGCUCUCACGGCUGCCCUCAUGGGUCUUGCGGCUGCUGCUCCCGCGCCCGCCCCUUCGGCCACCCUCUUUGACGACAUCGUCGCCGUCUCUACCUCUACGGCUUGCGCAACCCCCUCGGCCACCCCCAUCGCCUCUACUUUCUGGGUCCCCAGCGACAACUCUCGCAAGACGUGUGACAAGGCGACCUACAAGGCCAAGUUCGCCCCCUCCGACGUGAAGCGAGGCGACUUCCGCGACUGCGCAUCCCUCCUCUCAGCCUUUGGACCUCACAACGGAACCUUUACCAUCCCCGCCGUCACCAACGCCGCCGAUGAGUACGGCACUGGCUUCGUCCCCAUCGUCAAGUCAGACUCGUGCUCCCUGGGCGUCCGAGCCAAGGGCGGCGUUAUGCUGGGCGACGACGACGUCGACUGGAUCGUGCAGAAGACGCUGCAGGACUACUCUUCCGGUUUCUUGAUGGCAGCCCGUGGAUCCGUCGACUGCGAUGCUCUUGAUGGUGGGAAGAAGGCCAAGCUUUACUGGCAGGUUUACGACUCUGAGAAGGGUUACUAG